CUUGAAUCAAGAAACCCUGCAGUCCGAUAACCAAAACAAACCAACGUCAACAACAUCACUCUUCACGACGUCGGUGGUUUUUGCUAUAUUUAUAAAUUAAAAAACCAUGAAUUUAAAGUAUAAGCGGCGGUACGAAAGCCUUAAGCGCUCCAUUAAGAGUUAUCUGCUGGAAAACGCCUCCCUCACCGAUGAGAUUUGUCACCUCCAGGCCGAGUUGUCGCGGUCCAGAAGCCAGAGGCUGUACUUGAUUGAACGGCUGAUGUUUCACGAGGGCCUGGAAAAACCAAACAGUUCACGCCCUGGUGUAACCAAUGGAAAAAUCGAGGCGACUGAAAAUAGUGGAUCAGCGAAGAAAAACAAGCCGGUGGUUGUGCAAAAGAAAUCCAGCGAGAAUAACCCCAAAAGUGUGGCUAUCGUACGGAAAAAGAAGUCUGCGUUUCCCAUGAACCUGAACAGUAUAUUGCUGCACUCUCUGGGCGAGAUAAUAUCGGUUAAUCCUAACUUUCACAACGAGAAUUGGAUCUAUCCAGUUGGCUAUGUGGCAACCAGAAUCUACGCACAUCCAAAGGACCCGCGGAAGAAAUGCGUAUUCACCUGCAAAAUUUUGAAUAACGCUGGAAUCCCGCAGUUUCAAAUAAUUCCCGAUAAUGACUUGGACGGAGUGUUCUUUGGCGAAAGUGCGAAUACCUGUCAUAUGGAACUUUUGAACACCAUCCAGAGAUCGCCAAAUGUAAAAGUUAAAAUACCUUUUGAGGUCCAAGGCGAGGUUUUUUUUGGAUUGUCGAAUCAGAAAACCCAGUCGCUUCUUAUGGUAGAUCCUGGUUUUCCCCUGUGUACAAAUUUUAAAAGCUUCUCUAUACCAAAUAGUAAAUCUAUAAAUAAUGCAUCUAUAUCUUUUGAGACACUUCAGGCGUUUCUUACAUGAUAAGCUGUUUUUUGGUGGAACUAAAUUGUACGGUUUUUGAAAGCCCUAGCCCCUAGCUAUAAAAAUAGAAUAAAUAUAUCAUACCAGGCUAA